AUGGGAUGGUGCACGUUGCGUGCGGUGUGCAAAGUAGUGGCUAGUCAGAGUUCAAAAUAAGAUUACGAGCGUCUGUCAGGGCGGUUACCGGUUACGUCCGUGUUGGUCAGUGUGUUGAUCGCGAGUUUCGCAAGGAGGGUGUGAUGCCGCGAUAACGCUGGCGAGUUUCGCUUGCGCAAUGAUGCGUUCUCGUGCUCUUCGCGCUCGGCCACAGUCACACGUUCCAAACAUUCUACGCAGAGUCCGUUGAGAUAGAUCAGAGAAAACGAUAAAACGGCUAUUUCGUCGUAGUCCCGGGGUGUAGUGUUGCGAUGCCGCUGUGCUUCAGCGGACCGAGGGUUAACGCGCUAUUGAUGAGGCCCACGAUCGGUGGGCACGCAAUCUCACGCACAUCGUCGAUUCGGUGAACAGAUAUGGGCAAGCAAAAUGGCUCGUGCUGGUGGUGCGUCAAGGCGGUCAAGUGGUUACCAGUGAUCUUCAUCUUAACGAUCGUUGCCUGGUCCUAUUACGCCUACGUAGUGCAGUUGUGCUACUAUACAAUUGACAAUUAUGUUCAAAAAGUUUUCUAUCUGCUUUUCUUCCACAUCCUGAUACUGAUGUUUUUAUGGUCAUAUUGGCAAACGAUGUGUACAGAUUUAAUACCGGUACCAGAUAAGUUUAAAAUUCCUGAUGUUGAAAUGGAGAAAUUGCAACAGGCUGAAACUGAAGAAACACAGAGACAAAUUUUGGAAAGAUUUGCACAAGAUCUUCCAGUUACUAACCGCACCAUAAAAGGAGCUAUGCGAUUCUGCGAAAAAUGUCAGUUAAUAAAACCUGAUAGGACGCAUCACUGUAGCGUGUGUGGCACUUGCGUCUUAAAAAUGGAUCAUCAUUGUCCAUGGGUGAAUAAUUGUGUAGGCUUCCACAAUUAUAAAUUUUUCAUACUGUUUCUGGCGUACGGACUUCUCUAUUGUAUGUUUAUUACCGCUACAUCUUUGCAAUAUUUUAUACAAUUUUGGAAAGGUGAACUAGAUGGAAUGGGUAGAUUUCAUCUGCUAUUUCUUUUUUUUGUUGCAUUGAUGUUUGCAGUCAGUCUUAUCUCCCUUUUCUUCUAUCAUUGCUAUCUCGUUAUUCAUAAUAGAUCGACGCUAGAAGCCUUUAGAGCACCUAUGUUUCGGACAGGAAAGGACAAAGAUGGAUUUAGUCUGGGAAAAUACAAUAAUUUUCAGGAAGUAUUUGGUGACAAUCCACGGCUUUGGUUUCUACCCAUAUUUAGUAGCUUUGGAGACGGGGUAAACUUUCCCGAGCGGCUGUGCAAUGAAGAUACUCAUACUUUGUUGGGUCCCGACACCCAACAGUGGGGUGAUGAAACUGAAUUUGACUCCUCAUCUCCCUACACAAAUCAGGUACUUCAUAGGUUUGAUUCUUAGAUCAAGACAAUAAUUUUAUUCAACUUGGUAGUGUAUCAAACCAUCACUUUAU